GUCCUUCUUGUUUGCGGGGUUCUGGGAACUUAAUAGCCUUCCUUGCCGCUGCCUGCUUUAUAUCUUGCCUACAAGCUUCUUUUUCCGGUUAUACAAGUUCUCAAGUGACAACUUUAGAAAAACGGUUUGCGAUUGGCAGCAGCGUUAUAGGAGUAAUCAAUUCUUGUUUCGAAGUUGGCUAUAUAUGUUCUGUAAUAUAUGUCAGUUAUGUUGGAAGUCAUGGUCGAGUGCCUGUGUGGAUAUCAACCGGCCUUUUUACGAUGUCUGCCGGAUCAUUUUUGUGGGCCGUGCCUCACUUCCUUUUCUUUGAUAAGAGUAGAACAAGUUCUGUCUCCUUAAAUGAACAACUUUGUGUUUUAUCCAAGAAUACAAGCACCUGUGGUGAAGGUUGUGACGAAAAACCGUUACCUGGCUGUUCAGAAUCUUCUUCUACAGGUUAUGCCUUCCUUCCUGUCUUUCUUGUUGCUCAGCUGUUGAUUGGUGCUGGUUCAAGUCCAAUUUUGACACUAACUCCUCCUUUUAUUGAUGACCACGUACCUUCUUCCAAAGCAGCCCCGAUGAUAGCUUCACAAUAUGCAGCCGCAGCAAUGGGUCCUGUUAUGGGAUUCGCUUUAGGAGCAUUUUUACUACAGUACCCAGCUGAUGUCUUAAGCUUGAGUAAACCCUUUGCAAUAAGUCCCGAUGAUCCUGAAUGGAUUGGUGCAUGGUGGGCUGGAUUUAUUUUAUUAGGUAUUCUUGUUUUUAUUGGUGCUGUUGUACUCUUAAUGUUUCCGAGGAAAUUACAAGAAUUCAAUUGUUCCGAUGAAUCGAAAUUGAAGAAGUCGUCUAUGAAGAAUGCACCAAUGAAUAAUGGUUCUGUAUUAACUGAAUCAAGUACAAUACAGAAUUUGAAUGUAUUUGCGCCAAUGAGACUACAUAGUAAUCAUGAGAAUUCUACAAUGGAAGAUGAAGAAAGUAUUCCGGAUAAUGACUCUGAAUAUCAAAGUCCUUGGUCAGAUUUUUCAUCGUCACGACGAAGUCAACGAAGAAGUCGUAAUUCGAAUCCUCAUUUUCAAAGUCAACUUCUUGAUUCAAAAAGUACAUGGAAUGAUUUUGCUACUGUUGUCUCGUCGCUUAUACGAAAUAAAAUUUACAUUAUGGCUUGUUUAUGUAUAUGUUCAGAAAUGUUUAUUGUUAUUGGGUUUGCAUCAUUUUUACCAAAAUAUUUAGAAAUGGAAUUUCGUAUUAAUAAAUCAGUGAGCAGUUUAAUAGCUGGUGGUUUAAUUGUACCAUGUGGUGCUUUAGGUAUUUUAGUCGGUGGUCUUAUUCUUAAUAGAUUUCAAUUUCAUCGUAUAGGUGCUAUUCGAUUUGUUCUUGUAGUGAAUUUAAUCAUCUUAGCUUGUAUAUCUUCAUUUUUCUUUUUGGGCUGUGAAAAUCCUUCCAUUGCUGGUUUAACUGUAUCCUAUACAGGAGAUUCAUCUAAUUCACUUGACUUGUUGUCAACGUGUAAUGCUAAUUGUUCAUGUGAUCGAAGUGAAUGGUCUCCAGUGUGUCAUUUAGCUUCCGAUAUCACAUACACUUCACCUUGUCAAGCUGGUUGUCAAGAAAGAUUUGUAUUAAAUAAUUCUAUACAAGAGUUUCACAAAUGUGCUUGUGCAUUACAAAACAACAUGAAUCACAGUGUUUCUACACUGAACAUACCGGAUGUAACAAAACCUGGUGAAUGUGAUUUACAUUGUCAUACACUUGUUCCAUUUGUAAUUCUGUUAACAUUUUUAUUAUUCCUCACUGGUGUUAUACAAAAUCCAUUAUUAAUGGUAACAAUGCGAUCGGUUGAUCAUAAUCAACGUUCUUUUGCUUUGGGUCUACAAUUUACCAUUGUACGUUUGUUAGCUAAUUUACCAUCACCUAUUGUAUAUGGUCGUGUAAUUGAUGGUGCAUGUCGAUUUUGGCGUACAGAAUGUGGUCGUCUUGGUGAUUGUGCAUUUGUAGAUGUACAAUAUUUAAAUUUAUAUAUAACUGGCCUUGGAUUGGUUGUCAAAGGCUCAGGCCUUUUUCUCUAUUUUUUUCUACUCUACUUUCUACAUACUAACGAAUCCGCCGCCGAUCAUACAACGAAUAACAACAACAAUAAUCAUGGUUUAACCAAUGAACCGAUAUGUUUACCUGGUGAAUUAUCCAAUUCAGAUGUACCAACAAUUAUUGUUACGCAUUCAAAACUUUGACACAAUCACUCACUACUGUACAUAUAAUGCAUAUAUAUAUAUACAUUUGUAAAAAAGAUAAAAGAAUUUAUACCUGAUGAUAUUCUUUGCCUUACUGAUUGAUUGACACUGACUGACAAACUCUGUCCUCCUCCUAUUUUUGACAUGUCACACUACCAAACUAACUACUGACUACUUUGAUGAUGAUCGUGAUCAUCAUCAUCAUCAUCAUCAUUGUACAAAAUUGUCGAUGUCCUCCUGUUUAACUGCCCCUGAGCCCCCCCCCCCGCUAACUCUUUUCACCUGAGCAUAGAUUUUGUAUGAUGAAACAAUGUGAAAUAGAUUUUCUGAUGAAAAAAAAAACACACACACUAUACACAAUACUAUUUUAUGCAUACAAUAAGGAAGUUCUUUCUCUACACUGUGUGUGUGUGUACUAUUUUUAUCUUUUAUUUAUUACUUUUUUUUCGUGAUUGCUAAAUCUUAUUUCGCCUACUUUUGUUGUUAUUGUUGCUCUAUUUUAUAUAUAUAUACAGAUGAAGAAUAGUGUUCUUUCUUUUUCGUGGCAUUUGUAAUUAUUUUUAUGUACUACAACAACAACUACUACUAGACUGUAUACACUACUGUUCAACAAACUUUUGUACAAUAAAUUGAGUGAAAAAAAAUUACCCCCCAAUGUACACUGCUGCUGUUCUAUAGAAAAGAGAUGAUGUCGAUUAUGUUGAUGUUGAUAGGAUUUUCAUUAAAAUUAGGCUAACACACACACUAUUCUAAUGGAUAGUGAAAACACACAAUCAAAAUGAAAUGGUUGCUGAUGCUGCUGCUGCUGCUGCCGCCGCCUAAGAUGAUCGAUCGAGAUGAAUUCAGUUUAUUCAUUCACAUUGUUAUUUUUUUACACUAGUAUGAUGAUGAUGACGAUGAUGAUCUUUCUAUUUAAUUACUUAUUAUUAUUAUUAUUAUUAUUGACAAGGAAGAAUAAGAUGAAUUCUUUCUUUCUGUUCAACGCUUUCAUCCUUUGUUUCUUCCCUUCUUCCUUAGUUCCUUCCUUCAUUCGUUCGUUAAUGUAUAUUUUAGUGUUAUGAAUUGUUGAAACAUUUAUUUGACUACCAUACACAAUAAAACAAGAUGGUUGCUAAAUUUUUUUUUAUGCUGACCAAUUUUUUUGAUCGAAAUUUUCAUGUAUAAGAAUGAUAUGUAAAGUUAAAAUGAAAAAAGAGCAAUCAA